CAAAUCUCUUUUAUUCAUGCCCCCCCAAGACUUGUGUCACUUCCUUUUGAGCCACAGAUCAGAGGAAACACCUUGAUCCUUGUUAUACCUUCUCAAAAGUGAUACUUAAUAGUUAAUCAGGAAUUAAUUGAGUUGACCCCACUUUCCAACUCACCCAUAAUGGACUUUAACAAUAGGAUAUUCACUUGUUUGGGGGUGUUCUUCUAUUUAAAAAUUGGAAUUAAGGAUAUUUUUAGAUUCAUAAUCUAUAUUAAAUAAGGUAAGGGGAAAGGUCUACAAUUAUUCAGGAUUGAAAUAGGGAAUGAGAUUGAAAUAUAUAUUGUUAUUAAUUUAAAGAGAUGUGGAUAUUGUGAUGAUAUUGAGGGGGGAUGUGGACACUGUGGGGAAAUGAUAUUUAAAAUAUUGAAUUAUAAAUUAUUUGUAAAUAUGUCUCAAAGCAGUCCAAUGAGUGUGAAAUCGACGAUGGAGGGUUUCAAAUUGACUUUUGAUGAUUUUGUGAAAUUAGACUUAAAAUAACUCUAGAUCAAUAUUAUUGGGACAGAGAACGAAUAUGGAUUUAGUUUCACAUUGUAUAAAAUAUAAGUGAAACAUCCAAAUAUUCAAACGUUUAUUUGUAACAGACGUUAUAAUGAGUUCUAUGCAUUGCACAAAGUGGUAAGGGAGUCAAUUAAUAGUUAAGUUGAAAAUGAAAUAUUGUAAUUUGGAUUUGCCUUAAUUUCCAUCCAAACACGAAUGGCUCUUUAAAACUGAAAAAAGAAAAGCUGGAUUCCAUCUCUUUUUGAAUAAGUUGGUGAUGAUAGCAAUGCAACAUCCGUAAAUAUAGGGCAAUAUUCUGAAAUUCUUGUAUUACUUUUUGACAAGAGAUUGUAUAUUAAAUAGUCAUAACGAAUCUAGUGCUGGGUAAUCAGAAGUAAACCAUACUGGCCUCGACAGAUGCUUAAAAUGAAGAUGAACCAGAUUGGCAAUUUCGAUAUCACAAUUUGUCGACUGAAGAUGCCACUCAAGUGGGAAGCUAUAGUUUGGACCAAUAGAAGAAGUUGGCUACGAAUGUCUAAUUGAGAUUCUCAGACGAUGAGACCUGGCAAACAUUCUAUGGCAAGAUUUAAGAGGGGACAUUGCAAUUAUAUCAACACAUCUCUUAUAAUUAUUUCAGUUGUCAAAUAAUAUUGUUUCAGAUCAAAAUUGAAUUAGCUGACGAUGUGAUUGUAAAUUCAACAAUAGAUAAUAAUAGUUGAUGUAUCAUGAGUACGAUUACUAGAAGAUCUAAUUAACCGUCACUGAUCCAGGCUUAUUGAAAUUGUGGUACACUCAGUUGAAGUUUGCAUCCUAAGAUGUUUUGCAAUAUGAGGGAAUGCAUGACGAUUUCCACUCCUUGGGGAAGGUCUAGAUUCAAGUGAAGGAGGCCAUUAAUCUCAGUAAUAUCAUCUAGGAUUCGUUUUUGUUUGUUAAGAUUUCAUUUCCUCCCUUUACUUGUUAAACUAAAUAGCAUGUCUAUAGUAAUAACCCCUAGUGGAGUUAGGAUUACAUACUUCCUAUAAUAGAUUCCUUUUCUGUAAUAAGAUUGGAGUUGAUCAGUGAAGUGUAGGAUGGUAUUUUGAAGCGAAAGGUCAAGCAAUCAAUAAUAGGUGUGGCUGAAAUACAAGUUGCCGACUUAUUGAGUUAUCACUCAGGAACUAAGUUUUCGGUAAUUCGAUAUAUCCUAAUUCCAAUUAGAGAAUACAGUUACCACUGAAUAAGGAGAGCAACAACAGUGACGUGUUUCAAUUUCUUAAGAAACACGCUUAAACCAUAGAUGAACAGUAGCCUUGCUUGAUUGUGACCUUGAGGAAUAUGUCGAGUCCUUUGUCUCUUUUUGGACCUGGUCCUGUGUUCUCAUAUGAGAAUGAGCAAUUGGAACCAGAUCUCACUGUUAUCAAAAUGAACAUCAUCAGAUUCAAGCGAAUAAUCUCGUUGAUGAUUUAAUUUUAACUCUCUUUGGAAGAUGUUGUAGAUCAAAAGUAUCCAAGAUUAACCCUAAUAGUUUUUACAUUUAUGUUCAUCUUCAUUUACAAUGCAGAUUUAAACAACAUCCUAUAAUACUUUGGAUUCAUAUUGCUAUUCAUUUUGACUUACUAGCAUCCAACCAUACACCAUUAUGUAGGGUUGUUUUUAGAUAAGUAUAUUCUAUGUGAAUUGAAUCAUUAUUAUAAGACUCCUCAAUUGUUCACUUAGGAGGAGAAGGAUCUCAAAAAGAAUACCCAAUCCUUGGAUAAAGUCAUUAAAUUCGAAGGAAAUGAAAUCAAAUUGGAAGUGGAUGAUGAAAAUGAACCAAAGGAAUCCUUCUAUCAAAAAAUCAGAGCUAUCAAGAAGACGUUCUUUAUUGUUUAAUUGUACCUAACCUAUUUGAGUAACUUUGCAGAAAAAGUGAUUAAUUUGUUCACUUGGCAAGAGUACCAUAGAACUCUUUGGUUCCUCUAUGCCUUGUUCUCACUUUACUGUGUUAUUUGUAUAUUGCCCAUUAGAUACAUCAUGAUGGCUGGAAGUAUAUAUACAAGUAUUUAUAUAAAAUAGUAAUAAAUGAAUGGUUUGAUGGACGCAUAAUCUUUAAGAAGAGGUAGGCUCACAAUUAGAAGAUUGCUAAAGUCAUGAUGGAAUACAUCUACAAGAAACAUGCACCUGAGUUGGUGUGCAUUCCAAACUACCUAGAUGUCGCCUUCCCCAAGGGAGAUUUUAGAACAAAAAUGGCUAAUGAAUUGCUCAUGCAUCUGACUGUCUCCAUGAACCAAGACGAAGCCAAUAAAUAUCAGAAUGGGAACGAAGUUAUCAGGUAAUGCAGUCAUCGAUUUAAAUAAAUAGAGAUCUCACUACUUGUUCCUAAAAAUUGAAAUGGGUUUCAAUCACAGAUCAUCAUUUUGUGAGGGAUCAACUAUACUAUGAAUUAAGGCAAAAGGGAAAGUUUAGAAUGAAACCACAUUAUCUGGUGUACUAUACCAUUACUAAUUUCAUCUACAAUAUUCCAUCACAGUAUUAUAGGCUAAGAAGGCCAAUUCAAUUAUUUAAAUGAG